CACUUCCUCCUCUCUCUCUCUCUCUCUCUCUCUCUCUCUCUCUCUAGCUCCACUUCCAGCUCCGCCUCCGUCUCCGCCUUCGCCUUCGCCUUCGCCGCCGGCAUGGGGAUUGCCAAGACAUUCAAGGACGAGUUCUCCUUCGAUAAGCGGUUGGAGGAAUCGAAGAGCAUCGUCGUCAAGUAUCCCGACCGAGUUCCGGUGAUCAUCGAAAGAUACUCGAGGACCGAUCUGCCGGAAAUUGAUAAGAAAAAAUUUCUCGUCCCAUGCGACAUGUCCGUAGGUCAGUUCAUCCACAUUUUAAGUAGCAGGCUGCACUUGACCCCGGGGAAAGCUCUAUUUGUAUUUGUCAAGAACACCUUGCCACCAACAGCAAGUCGGCUGGACAUCAUUUAUCAGUCUUUCAAGGAUGAUGAUGGCUUCCUGUACAUGUGCUAUAGCAGUGAGAAGACCUUUGGCUAAGCUGUACAAAUGUCUCCCUGCAGGUCCCCUUCCUUUUAGUGAAUGCUGGGGAUCCCAUUAACUGGAAUAACCUGCUGAUUCUCUCAGCACUUUGACAUUGUAAAUUAUGUAAAUUUGUACAUUCUGUGAUUCAAUAAAACGAAGGUGCUGCAUAGUUCCUUUGCGCUUCGACCGA